GACGUGCGCCUCGGCGUGCGCCCGGGGCUCGAGAAACUUGGGCAAACUUUGAAGGGUAACCGGAGACGCUUGUUGCUCGUCGCCGCAGAGAAAGCCGCACCGUUACGUCUCGGCGGGGAGGGUAAGGCGACACCCCCUCCCUCGAUCCCCCCCUCACACACACACACACUCCAGGCCCAGGAGUUUGAACCCUCGGCGGCCGCGUGAGUGCCACGCGGAGGCGGCUGCGGCGCCCCCCUUGGCUGGCGGCCUCGCCCCCGCUGUGCAGGCACCCGAGCACCCUCGGCUCCGCGCCGCCCACAGCCCGGCCCCGGCGCCGGGAGGACUCUCAUGCGCCGGGCGCGGCGGCGCCUCCCAGCAUCCAAGCCUCUCCCCAUCGCCUCGUCUUUUUCCUCCAGCUGAGAACGCCGCUGCACUCGCGGCCGGCGAUGCGGGGCCCCGGCACGGCGGCGUCGCACUCGCCCCUGGGCCUCUGCGCCCUGGUGCUCGCUCUCCUGGGCGCGCUGCCCACGGACACCCGGGCUCAGCCGUACCACGGCGAGAAAGGCAUCUCGGUACCGGACCACGGUUUCUGCCAGCCCAUCUCCAUCCCGUUGUGCACGGAUAUCGCCUACAACCAGACCAUCCUGCCCAACCUGCUGGGCCACACGAACCAAGAGGACGCGGGCCUCGAGGUGCACCAGUUCUACCCGCUGGUAAAGGUGCAGUGUUCUCCGGAGCUGCGCUUCUUCUUGUGCUCUAUGUACGCACCCGUGUGCACCGUGCUCGACCAGGCCAUUCCUCCGUGCCGCUCCUUGUGCGAGCGCGCCCGGCAGGGCUGCGAGGCGCUCAUGAACAAGUUCGGCUUCCAGUGGCCCGAGCGGCUGCGCUGCGAGAACUUCCCGGUGCACGGCGCCGGCGAGAUAUGCGUGGGGCAGAACACGUCCGACGGCUCCGGGGGCGCCGGCGGCAGUCCCACCGCCUACCCUACGGCUCCCUACCUGCCAGACCCACCUUUCACUGCGAUGUCCCCCUCAGAUGGCAGAGGCCGCUGGUCUUUCCCCUUCUCGUGCCCGCGCCAGCUCAAGGUGCCCCCCUACCUGGGCUAUCGCUUCCUCGGUGAGCGUGACUGCGGUGCCCCGUGUGAGCCGGGCCGUGCUAACGGCCUCAUGUACUUUAAAGAAGAGGAGAGACGUUUCGCCCGUCUCUGGGUAGGUGUGUGGUCAGUGCUGUGCUGUGCCUCGACGCUCUUCACCGUGCUCACCUACCUAGUGGACAUGCGUCGCUUCAGCUAUCCAGAGCGACCCAUCAUCUUCCUGUCGGGUUGCUACUUCAUGGUGGCGGUGGCGCACGUGGCGGGCUUCCUGUUAGAGGACCGUGCCGUGUGCGUGGAGCGCUUCUCGGAGGAUGGCUACCGCACGGUGGCGCAGGGCACCAAGAAGGAGGGCUGCACCAUCCUCUUCAUGGUGCUUUACUUCUUCGGCAUGGCCAGCUCCAUCUGGUGGGUCAUUCUGUCCCUCACUUGGUUCCUGGCCGCUGGCAUGAAGUGGGGCCACGAGGCCAUCGAGGCCAACUCGCAGUACUUUCAUCUGGCCGCCUGGGCUGUGCCAGCGGUCAAGACAAUCACCAUCUUGGCCAUGGGCCAGGUGGAUGGGGACCUACUCAGUGGAGUGUGCUACGUGGGCCUGUCUAGUGUGGAUGCACUGCGGGGCUUCGUGCUGGCGCCCUUGUUCGUCUACCUCUUCAUCGGUACGUCCUUCCUGUUGGCCGGCUUUGUGUCUCUCUUUCGCAUCCGCACCAUCAUGAAGCACGACGGCACCAAGACGGAGAAGCUGGAGAAGCUCAUGGUGCGCAUCGGCGUCUUCAGCGUGCUCUACACCGUGCCGGCCACCAUCGUGCUUGCCUGCUACUUUUACGAGCAGGCCUUCCGCGAGCACUGGGAACGCACCUGGCUCCUGCAGACCUGCAAGAGCUACGCUGUGCCCUGCCCUCCGGGCCACUUCUCGCCCAUGAGCCCCGACUUUACAGUCUUCAUGAUCAAGUACCUGAUGACCAUGAUCGUGGGCAUCACUACCGGCUUCUGGAUCUGGUCGGGCAAGACCCUGCAGUCAUGGCGUCGCUUCUACCACAGACUCAGCCACAGCAGCAAGGGGGAGACUGCGGUAUGAGCCCCGGUCCUUACCCCACCCUUGCCUCUUCUACCCGUUUGCAGGAGGAGAGGCAUGGUAGGGAAAGAACUCUUGAGUGGGGGCUUGUCUCCGGAAGCUACCUGCCCCCUCCACUGACCUUUAACCUGGAAGUGAGAAGUUAUUUGGAGGUGAGAAGAGAUUUGGGGCGAGAGAUGGUUUUGAGAGGAGGCCCAAAUGAAAAGGCAAAGGCAGUGGCAGAAAAGACUUCUGGCUAAGACUUGCAGGACGAUGCUAACUGUGAAAGAUAGGGGCCGGCUAGGGCCUAAGGGAAAGGUUGAGACCAGCAGAGAGAGAGAGACUUCAGGCGCCAGAGAUGAGCCAGGGCUGUGAGUCCCAUCCCCUGCUGCAAGGCAAGUGGUUGUCCUCACUCGAGUGAAGAGGGGCGGGGGAGGGAGAUACCGCUCUGUCUGCAGCCUGGGCUUUGUGGCCAAGAUGGGGGACCCCCUGCGGUGCCCUUGUCAAGCGGUGGUCAAACCAUAAUCUCUUUUCACUGGGGCCAAACUGGAGCCCAGAUGGGUUAAUUUCCAGGGUCAGACCUUACAGUCCUCCUCCCGGACCCCCUCCCGCCUGUUUUUCCUUCCCUACUCCUUUCAAGUCUAGUAAAAUAAGCAUUUGGAAGGCCGGGGAGGCCUGCCCGCUAGAGUCCUAACGUGAAGAUGGGAGAGAAGGUUUCGGAGAAGAGGCCAGUGGUAGAUACAGUCUGCUACUUUUUUUUUUUUUUUCUGCUGCUACUUUUUCAUUUUCUAGGGAAGGCGGGAGGCAGAGAGAAAAAGAAUCUUUUAUUUGGUUUCAUACCCUGAAAAGAAGUGAUGACUUGUUGCUUUUUAAAACAGGAACGCAUUUCCCCCGCUUGUCUUUGUUGUAAGAGACAAAGCGGGAAACAACAGUGUCUCCCUGAGGAAAGGCCUAGCUGUGAAGACAGCAGCUUUUACAGGCAAAGCAGCAGAAAGCUGAGGUUUUCCUUUGGUUGUUAAUUGGGUUGAGAUAAACAUGCCUUUCUAAGGAAAAGUGAAGGGCGGCUUUCAUACCCAUUCAGCCACACGUUCUGACUUGGAUAAAGGAAACGCAAGGAGUUUUGUUAUUUGUUUUAAACAGAUUUAAUUCAGAGCACAUGAUCUAAUAGACUCCGUUUGUUUAAUGAAAUCUCCCUCCGUUCUACGUCCCCAUAAUACAAAUUUUGAUUUUCUGCCCUCUUCCUUCCGUCCAAUUUGGGAUUUUGGCUUGUUUUGUUUAGUUUUAUUUUGUUUUGUUUUUCCUCCAGACAGAGUAUUUCUCUGUAACCCUCGCUAUCCAGGACCUGGCUCUGUAGAGGCUGGCUUUGAACUCACGGGAUCCACCUGCCUCUGCCUCUCAAUUGCUGGGAUUAAAGGCAUGGUCCACCAGGCCUCUCUCCCCUUCCCAAUUUGUAUCUUUCAAGACAAAAGAAGAGGCAUAAUGUUCACGUUAGAAAGAUAAAAGACAAAAAUUUUAAUUUAAAGGUUUAAAAGCAUUGUACCCUCAUUUUCUUGUUCUAGAGAUUUAAACAGGUAUGAGACAUAUGCGCUGAUCCUCUCUAAGGUUGUAUGAGGUGUUGGCAAGAGAAAUGAUACUGAAGGAAGAGGAGAGUUUGAACCAGGUUUCGAGAAAGUCAUUAAGGGAAGGUGAACUUCAAAGUGAUUCUGGAGUUCUUUGAAAUGUGCUAGAAGACUUACAUUUAUUAAUCUUAAAUCGUGUACUUUUUUUUUUUCCUGCAGUAGAAGUCUGGUUCUUUGGCAUAAUGGUGUAAAACUGAGCAGAGCAUCAUGGGAGUUAACUUUUACCCUACCUUUGACACUGACUGUCCUCCAAUUUUGCAAUGCUCUUCAGUUUCUCAGAGCAGUUUUUAAAUGCCAGCUAGGGGGGUAUAUCGGGAGUACAAGUUACUUCAUAUGUGUCACAUUCAGUUGAAUGGAGCUGCUUUUACAAUUAAAGUGAUCUUGUAUUUUUUAAACUUUCAAAGUGAUCUCUCACCUGUCAGAAUUUUUUAAGCUGCCACUACACAGGUUUGGCAUCUUUUGUGUUUUAUCUCUUUAAGUGCAUGUGAAAUUUGUAAAAUAGAGACAGUGCAGUAUGUAUAUUUUGUAAAUCUCCCAUUUUUGUAAGAAAAUAUAUAUUGUAUUUAUACAUUUUUACUUUGGAUUUUUGUUUUGUUUUACCUUUAAAGAUCUACAAUGAAGCCCCACUUUAUCACAUGUACAGAUCACAAAUAAAUUUUUUAAAAAAUA